AUGUUGCAGUUUAACACACAGCAACAGUUUCCUUUCCUAAAACAUAAAGACAGAGAGAGGAAGGCACCAAAUGUCUUCCUGCAGCCUGACAAGGGGAAGGAUAAUGAAGGCAUGCACGUAGAAAAGAAGAGUGGCUCAUCUGCUGCUGCUCCACAGAACUCCCAGCAUCUACUGCUCCUGGGACCUGAAGGAAAUUACAACUACUACGUGGAUGAUGAUGAUGACGAAGAGGAAGAGAAAGAAAACUGGGCAACAACAGAUGCAUUUGAGGACACAAACAAGCCACCUUCAUCCAUUCCUUUCUCCCCUACUCUUUCCUCUGGAGUCCCACCUUCCACUUCGUCUGUUCUGAAGAUCAAUGUUGGUGGCCAAAGCUACCGUCUUGCCUACCAGGCAGUUGCCAUCUAUCCCAAGACCCGCCUGGGCCGCUUGGCUACCUCCACCGACCGCCGCUGCCAGCUGGGCCUGUGUGAUGACUAUGCUGACCAGGUAGAUGAAUAUUUCUUUGACCGGGACCCAGCUGUCUUCCAGCUGGUGUACAACUUCUACGCCUCAGGGGUCCUGCAUGUGCGGGACGAGCUGUGUCCCCGUAACUUCCUGGAGGAGCUGAGCUACUGGGGCGUGCGGCUCAAGUACACCCCUCGCUGCUGCCGCAUCUGCUUUGAGGAGCGCCGGGACGAGCUGACGGAGCAGCUGAAGGUCCAGCAGGAGCUGCGGUCCCAGGCAGAAGGUCAGGAGAACGAGCAGCUCUUCCACCACAUGCGCUACUAUGGUGCCCAGCGCUGGCGCCUCUGGAACCUCAUGGAGAAGCCUUUCUCCUCUGUCACCGCCAAGCUGAUGGCAGUGGCCUCCAGCUUCUUUGUGCUCAUCUCUGUGGUAGCCCUGGCACUCAACACAGUGGAGGAGUUGCAGCACGUAGACCAGAAGAACGGGGAGACCCGGCCUAUCCUGGAACACAUUGAGACCGUGUGCAUUGCAUUCUUCACACUGGAGUACCUGCUGCGCUUGGUUUCUACCCCAGACCUACUCCGCUUUGUCACCAGCACUCUCAAUGCAGUAGACCUCAUUGCCAUCCUACCCCUCUACCUGCAGAUGGUGAUCGAAUGCUUCACUGGGGAUGACCAUUCUGGGGGCCAGGGCUCUCAGCACGAGCAUGAGAUUGAGACAGUGGGACGGGUGGGCAAGGUGGGACAAGUGCUUCGCAUCAUGCGACUCAUGCGCAUCUUCCGCAUCCUCAAGCUGGCCCGCCACUCCACUGGGCUGCGUGCCUUUGGCUUUACUUUGCGCCAGUGCUACCAGCAGGUGGGCUGCCUUUUGCUCUUCAUUGCCAUGGGCAUCUUCACCUUCUCUGCCAUGGUCUACACAGUGGAGCAUGAUGUCUCCAGUACCAACUUCACCAGCAUCCCCCAUGCGUGGUGGUGGGCUGCCGUCAGCAUCUCUACAGUGGGAUAUGGGGAUAUGUGUCCAGAAACUCACCUUGGCCGCCUGUUUGCUUUCCUCUGCAUUGCAUUCGGAAUAAUCCUGAAUGGCAUGCCCAUCUCCAUUCUCUACAACAAAUUCUCAGACUAUUACAGCAAGCUGAAGGCUUACGAGUACACAGCUCUCAAGAAAGAACGGGGCAAGGUGGACUUCACACGGAGAGCCAUGAAGAAAAUAUCUGAAUGCUGUGGAGAACGUGCAGCCCGCCCUGCAUCACAGCACUGA